AAUAUGCAAUUAUUCUCAACAUUAAUUAAAAUUUGCAGGAACGUAUGAAAAUUUUGUUUGGCGUCUACGAAAGCGUGAAAUACGAAAUGGUUACAAUUAUUUUCUUUAUUUUCCAACGAUAACGUUUUCCCCUCGUAGCUCAAUUCACGUAUACGAUAUUUCGACCAAUGAAACGGCGUAUCGCAAUUUGAUAAACGAUCAGAAAAUUGGAAAACAAACGAAAGGAAACGACGUGGGUAAAAAUAUUAUUAAAAACAAAGUCCACAUUUGACAUGUCAACGAUGGAAGAAAAAUUUGUCGAGUGAUCGAAAUGAAUUUUUCGAUUCGAUAGAAAUUUAAUGAUACAAAUUACGAGUACCUGUUCAGUGUUAUCGUCGGACUGCGAAUAAAAAAAAAAAAAAUAAAAAAAAAGGAAAAAAAAAUUCGUCAUCUGGCGCAUGGCGCGGAAAAAUAGAAGGAAAACUAGAAAGUUCGUGCAAAAACACGUUAGAAGAAAAUGGCCGAAGCCGAUGAGAAUAGCGGCUCUUAUCGUAUCAGCGAUUCAAGAUCUUCGAGAGACGAAAGGAUCUACAACGAAGAAGAUUAUAGCUUACAUUAGAUGUGCUUCCGAUUUGCCUGAAAAACGUGUUAAGAGACAGGUUAAGGCGGCAUUAAGACGUGGCGUAGAAUAUGGAAUUCUACGAAGAUAUCGAGGACACUAUUUUCUGCCUAUCGGCGACGAGGUGGAUCGAGCGAAUCGAAUAGCAGUUAGAUUUGCCAGACUGCCAUCGCCUUCGAGACCAUCCGCAAAAUCGAGAAACGUUGGCCUUCGCAAAACGCCAGCCACGAGGGAUCGUAAGAAAGGGCGGAGACGAUUCGCUAACAGAAGUGGAAAUAGCGUUGCCGAGGGCAAAAGCCCAAGAAAGUCACGUUCCCUUCCCUUCUCAACGACAACGACGGCGACGAGCUUCGUGGGAAUACCGGAAGCCAACGACAUUUCUGCCGAAUAAGACGAUUCGAGACGUCGAUAAGGGCUUUUCUAAACUUGCAGAUUGUUGUACUUACAUUUUGUAAAACGUCACUUAUACACUCGUAUUUUCUCGUCCAAAUCGAACCUAAAGAAAAAAAGAACAAAUCGACAAAAAGGAAACUUGUUUUUAUCGACAUA